GAUGCAUCAUCAAGAGACCUGAUGGAAAAGCGUCAUUAGUAAAUGUCAAUCUAUUGUUUUAUCUAACCCCGUUUGUUUAUUUGAUCGUUCUUCUUACAGUAAGUUUGGAAGCAGGACUGAAUUACUGAUAUUGAUGAAUGUCGCCACACGCUGAUUUACAUAAAAAUGCUGAAAAAUGAAUUAGAUGAUAGUCUUUCAAAUGAAGUCACGUGUGUAGCACUUUCUUUUUUUGUAUAUCAUAUAUGCUCUAAAUAUGUUCUCAAAACUUUUUACUAACUAGUUAUCCCAUUUAGUUAUUCUAACAACAGUUUGAGUUUUUGAAACGUUUAAAAGUAGUUUUUUCCCUCAGUUAUGUUUUGGGAGCAUUAUGAGAAUGUUACAUUCGAGUGUUCUCUCAUCUCAGAAGAACAUCAAAUGAAAUGUUACAGUGGCGAUGUUAUUGAUGUAUAAUAACGUUUUUGCGCUAACGUUCUGAAAACAUUUGUCCGAACGUUCUAUUAAUGUUUUUCAUGUGAGGUUUAUUUAAUGUCCAAUAACAGUUUGUCCAAUUCUCUAAAUACUCAGUUCAACAAAACACGGUUCCUGUUUUCUACUCGAACCACGACGUUCACGAACACCGUCAUAUCUCAUCGCCUUUUGAUAUGAACGUGAUUAAAGUGCUCGGAUGAAUCAGCGAUGAUUUGUGAUGAAUAAUGAGCUGCUGUGGAGGAUGAAGAGCUGCACGAUGCUGAAGUGAUCCGCUGGUGUGUGUGUGUGUGUGUGUGUGUCGGUGGUCCGGAGGGCGGAGCUGCGGGUCUCUGUGCCCCCAGUAACGUUACCGACGGACGCACCGAUCACUGCUUAGCGGAAGAGCGUCAUUUCAGCAGAAAAUCAGACCGAGAGGAAGCAGCGCGGACGGAUUCGUCGCUCCCGUUAACGGAGAUCAAGCGGGGAUCGAGGCGUCGACGCACAUCGAGAGCGAUUUUCUCUUUUUUCCGCCGCAGGAUGGAUUUACACGCGGAUCCGCGCGCAUCACCGGCGGAGCGUCACUGAAGCAUCUCCCGCGCUCCACGACGCGUCCGACCGCUCCGAUGCGAACAACAGCCUCGCGUUCACCUCCACCCUGAGCCUCCGCAGAGCCUCCAUCCGCAAUGAACAUCUGAGGAGCGUCAGGCGAUGGGAUGAAAAUGAGACGUCACAGGGUUUUCUUGAUUUGCACGGUGGGACUGUGUGUCAUUUCCUUCCUGCAUUACUACAAGGCUCUCCACUACGUGUCCCUGCUGAGGGAGUUGUCUGCACCUUACCCUAACAUCAAAUCCUUCAUCAUGGUCACUGGUUUCUUCUGGAAGGAGGGCACCACCCCGCUGUCCAGCGCGUCUCCAGAGGAAGGGCCUCGGCUGGUCUACAGCAAGCCCCGAGCCGGAGAGGAACCUGAAGCACCACAUCCGUGGAAGAGACCUGAAGAUCCGCAGCGCAGGAGCUCAGGGACUACAGAGGUCCAUAAGGGAGGUUUGAUCGCCUCAACCAACCAGAAACCUGCCCCGCAGAGAGACGCAGUGGUGAACAAGCUUCAGUCGCGUCAUGCCUGGACUCCAGACCCGCUGGAAUCCCUGGGCGACCUGCACCGCCGCACGCACGUCCUCCAGGAAGACCGCACUCCUUAUUUUGUCCGCACCAAAGCAGGCGCUCUGUGCUUCCGUCAGGGGACGGAGGUGGCACCGCCUAAAGACGAGACGGUGAGAGCGAGACCCAGUGUAGCUGGAAUCGGCCAGCGGAGAAUACUGCAGAAGCCUGACGAGUCAAAGCCUCCAGCGAAAUCAAUGGAGGAGUCCGGAGCCUCUCAAGGGAAACCCAAGCGGGGCAAGCGGCUGGUGAAGUGCGUCUGUCGGUCGGGGUGGCACGGUCCUUACUGUGGAGUGCCCACUAUGGUGUACCACUCCAAUCUGCCCACGAAAGAGAGACUGACCCCCCGUGAGACGCCUCGACGUGUCAUAAACGCCAUCAACGUGAACCACGAGUUUGACUUGUUGCACGUGCGCUUCCGUGAGCUCAUCCGGGCCGUGGACAUCUUCCUCGUGUGCGAGUCCAACUUCACAGCAUACGGGGAGAGGCGUCCGCUGAGGUUCCUGCACCUGAUGCUCAACGGAACGUAUGAUUACGUGCGCCACAAGAUCCUCUACGUCUUCCUGGACCAUUUCCCAGACGGCGGCCGACAGGAUGGAUGGAUCGCCGACGACUACCUGCGCACGUUCCUGACUCGCGACGGCAUUGCGAGGAUCGCAGGCUUACGGUCCGACGAUGUUUUUCUCAUCAAUGAUGCAGAUGAAAUUCCAGCUCAGGAGGGAGUCCUUUUCCUUAAGCUUUUCGAUGGCUGGACGGAGCCUUUUGCCAUCCACAUGCGGAAGUCCCUGUAUGGAUUCUUCUGGAAGCAGCUGGGCUCCCUCGAGGUGGUGUCCGGAUGCACCGUCGGGAUGCUGAGAGACGUCUACGAUAACGAUGGGAUUCGGCUCCGGAGGCGGGAGUACUACACCAUGCCAGGAUUCCGGAAGUACGAGAAUGACACCGGACACAUCUUGGUGCAGUGGUCGGUCGGAAGUCCGUUCCAUUUCGCAGGCUGGCACUGCUCCUGGUGUUUCACACCAGAGGGAAUUCACUUUAAACUCAUUUCGGCCCAGAACGGGGACUUUCCUCGCUGGGGUGACUACGAAGACAAACGUGAUCUCAACUACAUAAAGGAGCUGAUCCGAACGGGGGGCUGGUUUGACGGCUCUGUGCAAGAGUACCCACCCUCGGACCCUAAGGAGCACAUGUACGCCCCCAAAUACAUGUUGGAUAAUUACAAACACUACCGCUACUUGUUGGAGAACCCUUACGCCAAGCCGUCCAACCCAGGAGGAGCGUAGAGCAGAAUUAGGGAUAAAGAUGGUUCGACAGCAAGGAAAGGGAACAGAGAGGGAGAGAGAGAACGCUGUCCUGUUCCUCUCUUUCUCCUCUCUCUUUUGUCCCAACAUCCAUCACCGUCCAAAAUGUGAACACAGGCCUUGCAGAGACCUACAGCAAACCGCUCUGUUUCGGUCGAUGUUUAUAUGAAUUAUUUCCAGUGUUCUUUGAGAGACUCUGCGUUCACUGUACAAGACUGUGUGGGUGUGACAGAGAGACUGUGUGUGUGUGUGUGUGUGUGUGAUCAGACUGAAUUUUAUUGGUGCACAGACUUUAUUGCUUGCACUUCAGAAUCAAAAUAUGAAAACUCAUUGCACAAAUGCCACAUUUUUGGGUUUGUUGACUGCUUGUAAAUUCCAAAAAAGUCAAACGUCUUUUUCCUCGGUCAGAAAAAUAUCUUUGUGUAUCAUCGUGAGCUGUUCUGAAUGAGUUUGUGUAUGAGAGAGAGAGAGAGAGAGAGAGAAACGGGGCUUUGUUUGAGCUCUGCUGGGAUCUGAUGGAGCUGAUAUGUGAGAGAGGUCCGCUUGGACAACACAAAUGAGCUUCCUGUUUGAGAAAUCCUUGUGGAAAACAUCCUAAAGCUGGGAAAAGAGCUGUUUUCAAGUCAGAUAUUGAGUCUGGGAACACCACCCAUGUUGUGCACAAGAAUAGAGAGACGCCUGAUAAAAAUAGGUCAGAGGCUCUGUUCCUAACUAGUGAGAUGCCUACGUAGGCAACACUUUAAGUCUGCAAGGUUAAGGUUGUUUCAAAUCAUCUGCUGCCUUCUAAGAUUCCUUCUUUUGGCCAGAUUUAACAUUAGCAUUCUUUUUAUUGAGAAUGCGUGAUCUGAAAACGCACUGCGACAAUCUACCUAAAAAGAAAACAUAAUCCAUGAUGGCGGACAAAGACUUGUUGAUUAUAAAUGCAAUGCAUUCAGUAUAGAAUAGCAGUGAUAUAAACAGAUGAGUCCAGUGUGUAUCUGUAGUUGUCAGUUCAGGAACAUGCAGCGAUGCGUCUCUGUGUUUGGGACAGAUCCAUGCAGGGUUCGGUGGUCUUGGCUCUCUCCUGUGUUAAUCUGAAGUCAGAGCAGGAAACAGUUUCUCAUGAAAUACAGUUCUGGAAAUUCCCUGUUCUCCGAGCGGUGAAGCCAUCGGAUCGUGUUUGGAGAUCUGUGGGGAAUUACAUUUACACAGAUCUGAAGAGUUGAUGAUCGGCCAGGGAUUGUUACAGGAUAAUUCCUCUGCCGCUGUUCGUCGACACGAAAUAUACACUGACUCGUUAAAUUCAUGUUCCUGUCUUAUUGUGAAUGAUUCGCCAUUAAUAUUCUGACAUUUAUUCUCACACUUUUAUUCCAGAAAUACAAGGACAGUGAUCAGCAAAACUCACAAACAUGCAAUCACUUCUGAAGUGAACAUUAUCUCGCUAUCAGACAUGCUGCUAAAAACAGGUCUCCAGAUAUAGAAAAUAUGUGGGGGGAAUUAAAAUACUGCCCUGGUGAUAUAUUACAUAUUACAUAUGACUAAAAGGUGAUUGGUCCGUGACACUACACAUAUCUGUGUCCCAACAGCAGCACAUUAUCAACAGAUUAAAGAUGUCUGGAGACACCACAGAUCUCCGCACAAACGUCUAUCAUCCGUCAGGGUCUCAGAUUGUGAUCGUCAUGUGCACAGUAAACCAGAGAUCGAGUGACAUCUCAGAGUUCCCCAAAUCUGGGAACGGGGUCGGAGAGUUGAGCUUUUAUUCCAGUGACCUCUGGUGAGACGACUGCAUUGGAGUUCGUUUCAUUCUUACUGAAUCACAAUCAGUUCGCAUCUGCAUAUCAAGCAGCCUACAGGUCUGUGUUAACGGCUUAUGAAUGACCCCAUGAACUCAUAUCUGAGUUCACAUCUGCAGGACGAGAUCCGUCCAUCCGUGACCGCCGUGCCACGUUUAGUUCAGAAGAACUUGGACCUGUGUGUCAGAGGAGAUUCUGUGUUGAACUGAAUGAUUGUUCAGAUCAGGAGCUCACAGACUCUCUCUCUCUCUCUCUCUCUCUCUCUCUGUUUUGGACUUACUGUCAUUUAUGUUUGUGUUGUUUGCUGUUGUAAAUGUUGUUGUUGUUUACAUUAUUUAUCUUAUUUAUUCCUCUCCGGUUUCUGUGUAGAAAAGGGAAGCUCGGUCUGUCAGAGAAGUGAAAAGUUCCUCUCUGCCUCUCCUCCACCCGUCUGUAUUACUCAUAAACAUGAUGCUAAAAGUCACUCAUGGCCAGAAACACUUUAUGCUAGCAUGCAAACACACAUGUUCUUGUGAUUUGAGCAUUUCAGCCGUUUCUUCCAUAUUUUGACAUGUAUACAAGAGUACAAAUUAUCUGUGGAGCAGAACUUGCUGUUGAUUGGUUGUUCUAUGGGAUGUGGGCGUGGCAUUCAUAAUCUAUGCAGAUGAGUGUGAGUUUUAAUUUAGUUUUAAACAAAAGUGGCCAUCACUAAAGUACUGAAGAUCACACACUGAAAGACUUGAGAGUUUCUAGUAUGAUAAACUUGUAGGAGAUGCAUAACAAAUGAAAACAAAAUGGGUUUUAAAAUGGUUCUCCGGCACGUUUCCCUCCACAUGCGUGUGUAAAGCUUGCUUCUGGUCUUUAUCUGGCGUUUGUCUCGUGCCUCACCUGUGAACGAUGUCCUCUCUUUUAUCAGGAAGCUUUAUCUCGCGUUUGUUUUGUGAUAAACGGAUCAAUGCGAAUGCUUAUGUAAAGUACAAGGUUUUUUACAGAAUGAGAGAUCGAAUGAAAGAGCAGGUGUGUGUCACCACAAUUCAAAGCAAAUGAUGGCGUUAAUCAUGAGGCGGCACACUUUCACAACACCUGGAUAUUAAACAUGUGCUCAUCUAUAACAUGUGUAAGCCGCUGUCAUCAGCUUCAUCUGUGUGUGAUGAUGAAGAUGUGAAGAUGUGAAGAUGUGAGAGUGUCAAACACUCAGGGCUUCACAAACACACGCCAAGCUUCAGGAAAUAACAGUGAACGCCACGAUCUCCUGUGAAGUCAAACCCUUCAUAUCUGCACUGCAUUUCAUGAUUCUUUAAGCAUAACUUAUUCAGUGUGUUCCGCUUUAUAUUGAAGAUUAUUAUUUUUUUCGUUAUAUUUUUGGCUGAAGUUAACAUUUCUUCUCAUCAUAAAGUGUAAUCUUGUAUACGAUCGUCAUAUUGUAAGACAAAGGUAAUUCUGUCAUGUCUGUCACUAUUAUUGACGCACUGUAUGAGUUUCUGUUCCACUAAUCAAACCAGUCUAACUUCCCUUCUGAUCUGACUUUAUAUGUGCUGCAGUGUGAACACACUCUCUCUCUCUCUCUCUCCUCCAAUCACAUCCACUCUCUCUCUCUCUCUCCUCCAAUCACGUCCACUUGUUUCUUACUCUUCUUCAAUCACAUUCUCUCUCUCUCUCUCUCUCUCUCUCUGUGUGUGUGUGGUUUCUCUCACUGGUUCCCAGAUGGAAUCAUUUCUCCAGUAUCCGCAGUCAGACAAAGGAAAUAUCGGUGAGAAAAGAAUGAAAGAGUCUGAAGAGUUGUCUCCCGCACUGCUACGAAGGAGCGUGCACAUUAAAUGAGUUUAUACUAUCGUUUUGCUUUGUGUAUAUGAAUGGCUAUAUGUUAACCUGGAAGAAAAAUUACAAAUAACAAAUUCUAUGACAAAAACUAUAAUAAAUUAAUUUGAAAACCUC